AUGGACAGACCCUCUGCUUUUUCUGGGCCACAAGGAGAUCAAGCAGAGAGCAAAGCAGAGAAUGAAGACCCAGGAGCACAGCUGAACAUUUUCACCAAAGCACAGGAAUUCUUUCGGAUCUGUGAUGUGGAAGGCAAAGGGUUCGUAACUCGCCAUAACAUGCAGAGGCUUCAUAAAGAAUUACCCCUUAGCCCAGAAGAGCUGGAGAAAGUAUUUGAUACUCUGGAUGCAGAUGGCAAUGGUUCGCUUACUCCAGAGGAAUUCACCUCAGGAUUCAGCCAGUUUUUGUUUGGCCAAAAGGAAUCAGUUUCUGAAAUACAAGGAAGUGGAACUGAAAACAUGAAUCAGUCCAAAUGGACGGGAAGCUGUGAGGAUGGUGACGAGGAGGAAGAUGAAGAACAGUUUUCAAAUCUCAUGGAGAAGCUGGGUGCGAACAAGGCCUUAGAAGAUGAGAAUGAUUUGAAGAAACUCUGGUCAAAGCUGAGGAAAGACGAGCCUUGUUUACUUUCCAGUUUUGAAGAAUUCCUGGCAAGAGUUUUCUCUCAGCUUCAAGAAGCUGACCACGAGAAGAAUGCACUGGAGUCUGCCCUGAGAAAGAAAAUUGCUGCCUAUGAUGAAGAAACUCAGUACCUGUAUGAAGAAAUGGAACAGCAGAUCAAAAAUGAGAAAGAGAAAUUCCUCCUGAAAGACACUGAAAGAUUUCAAUCACGAAGACAGGAUCUGGAGCAAAAACUUGCAGUGAAAGAGCAGGAACUGGAACAACUGGCUCAGAAACAGAAAAGUUUGGAGAGACAGUGUAAAGAGCUGCACAGUGACAAGCAUGAGACCAAAGUGGAGAAUACCAGGCUGAAGCUCACCAACCAAGAACUUCACAAAGAUGUGGAGAGAACAUCCCAGGAGUUAGUUAUUGCCCAGCAACAGUUGCAGAUGCUGCAGGAUGAGGCCAAAAUACUGCAGGAAGAAAAGGAAAUAGAGGUCUACAGAGUGACAGAAGCUUUGCAGAGGGAGAAAUCAGGUCUUCUGAAGCAGCUGGAUUUCUUAAGAGAAAGGAACAAAUAUCUAAAAGAUGAACGUGACAUGUGUUUACAGAAAUGUAGGAAGAGCGUUCCGACUGCCAGCAGGAUACAAAGGUCAGGGUCAGUCAUUGGCAAAUAUGUGGAGGCCAAAGUUUCACUCAAGAGCCAGUCUUCAGAGGAAGAUGAUACAGUUAGCGUCUCAAGAAGAAGAGAUUCCUUUGCCUUGAAUGGGCACAUUUCAUUAGAUUCUGACUCUACUACUGAUGCACGACUGACUAAAAAAAAGCACCUCCAAAGGAUAAUAUCAAUUGAAGAAGAUCAUCUGCCACAGCUUCUUGAUAGGUCAGGAGAUGGGCAGCUCACUAAAUGGCCAGAAGAAGAGGAAAAUGGUUCACCAGAAACAGAAAUGGACAGAAUCCAGAUAAAACCCUCUUCUGAACCUUCCUCUCCCAGAGGACAACCAGUGGGGACAGAAGCACUGUCAAAUGAGAAGCGGACAUAUUCUGCCCCAGAUCGUUUAUUCAAGAUUGUUUUUGUGGGCAAUUCGAGCGUGGGAAAGACUUCCUUUUUAAGGAGGUUCUGUGAAGACCGUUUCUCCCCCGGCACUGCUGCUACUGUAGGUGUGGAUUACAGAGUGAAAACAAUGACAGUGGAUAACAGCCAGGUGGCGCUGCAGCUCUGGGACACGGCUGGGCAAGAAAGGUAUCACAGCAUUGCCAAGCAGUUCUUCCGAAAAGCUGAUGGUAUCAUUGUGAUGUAUGACAUAACAGAAAGAAACACAUUGACAGCUGUGAAGCAGUGGUUGGUGAGCAUCGAGGAGGCAACAGGGGAGAACAUUCCUGUCCUUUUGCUGGGUAAUAAAACUGAUAAUGAAAAAGAACGGGAAGUCCCCUAUGGAUCAGGAGCGCAUCUAGCCAAGGAGUAUGAUUUAAUUUUCUACGAAUGCAGCGCCUUGUCUGGUCACAACACCAGUGAGUCUGUACUUCAUUUGGCAAGGAUUUUAAAAAAACAAGAAGACAAAGUGAAGGAGAAGACUGUUCAGCUGCAUCAAGGUUUUAAGAAAAAGCCAUGUUGUUCCAGACAGUAG